AUGGUGCGGAUUAUUACCAUGGCCGCCUCGAUCCUUCCGUCGCUCUCGUCCUCUUUCAGACUCUGCAACAGCACCGCCGCUUCCCGCUCCUCCACCGCCGCUGCCGCUUCUCUUAGUUCCUUCGCCUCCCCUUCUUCCAAGCGAUUUCCUUCCCUCUCCAGCGCUAUUCGACAGUCAGAGCUAUUUGGUUUGAAACCCUCUAAACCAUGGAGACAAGAAUGCACCAGCAUCAGGGUUGCGGCAGCUGGCAAUAUGGCACAAGCAAGCACAACUGCUACCCCAGAAAAUGUACUUGAGUGGGUUAAACAGGACAAGCGUCGAAUGCUACAUGUUGUUUAUCGUGUUGGGGAUUUGGAUAGGACCAUAAAAUUCUACACAGAGUGUUUGGGGAUGAAGCUGCUUAGGAAGCGGGACAUUCCAGAGGAGAGAUACACAAAUGCCUUUCUGGGAUAUGGACCCGAAGACUCUCAAUUUGUUAUAGAGCUUACAUACAAUUAUGGUAUUGACAAUUAUGACAUCGGGGCUGGAUUUGGACAUUUUGGCAUUGCUGUAGAGGAUGUUGCCAAGACUGUGGAACUCAUAAAGGCUAAGGGUGGCAAAGUAACUAGGGAGCCAGGCCCCGUUAAAGGUGGCAGUACAGUGAUUGCAUUUAUCGAAGAUCCUGAUGGUUAUAAGUUCGAACUCUUAGAAAGAGGGCCUACCCCAGAGCCUCUUUGUCAGGUGAUGCUUCGUGUUGGUGAUCUAGAUCGUUCCAUAAAUUUCUAUGAGAAGGCUUUUGGCAUGGAGCUUCUCCGCAAACGUGAUAAUCCAGAAUACAAGUAUACUAUCGCAAUGAUGGGUUAUGGACCUGAAGAUAAAAGUACAGUGCUAGAGUUGACGUACAAUUAUGGAGUCACUGAAUAUGAGAAGGGAAAUGCUUAUGCUCAGAUAGCUAUAGGCACGGAUGAUGUUUACAAGACUGCAGAAGCAGUUAAACUCUUUGGUGGGAAGAUAACUCGGGAACCAGGACCUUUGCCUGGUAUCAAUACCAAGAUCACUGCCUGCUUGGAUCCUGAUGGUUGGAAGACGGUGUUUGUGGAUAAUACUGAUUUCAUUAAGGAAUUAGAGUGA